CUUCAAUUGAGUUGCCCACUAUAUAAAGAGUACGUCAGUGUACAUCCCUUUACUUCAAUUCAUUUUCCUAUAACCAUUUCAACUGACCGGAGGAGACAUCACUGGCGAAAUGGACGAAUCGUGGCGCAAGAAGAUGGGUUUAAACCUUGAUCCUUUCUUCUCCAUUGCUCGAAAAUCCAUGGACGCUCGCAUCGACGCGGAAGACUUCUCCGAUGUCUUCGGCGGUCCGCCACGCAGCGUCCUCACUCGCAAAUUCUCCGGCGACUUUUCCCGUUCCGACUGUUUCUACGACAAGAUUUUCCUACCCCCGGGAAUUUCCUCCGGCGGUACUCUUCCGUCUUCUAGAUCUCACGGCAGAAACUUGCCGGGGUUCAGGAUCCCGUCCGGCGGAGAGGGAUCCAAGAAGCAGAGCCCGGUCGCGAUAUCUAAAUCUAGGUCGAAAUCCUCGUCGGUGCUCACUUCCGAGGAGGUUAGUCCUCGUUAUCAGCCGGCGGCGGCAACUCCCGGCGGUGAAGCCGGGUUUUCUUCUUUUACUUCUAGACUCAGACCGUUAAACGUCCCGUCGAGAAGUCAUAAGCGGGAAUCGAAGAAACAGAGUUUCCCGGCGUUUCCAACAUCCGACGAUUCAUUUUCCGGCCAUGCGAACACACCGGAAAAAUCCGAUUUUUAUUACAAAAAACCACACUUCGGCGGAUCAAGAAGAUCCUCCCCGGAGACAAUGAGCUUGGAUCCAUUUUCCUUCAGGAGAAUGGAUGAUUUCGGACCGAGCUCUCCUGCAUCUUCCCCUGUUUCUUCUUUCAUCUGCGAAAGUGAGGCGAAACAAAGAAUGACCGGAGACUGUGAUAUCGAAGAGGAGGAAGAGGAAGAAGAAGAGAUGAGCUCUUACGUGAUCGAAAUAAACUCAAAUCGGUUUGAUCGUUACAGAGACGGAGGAAGUGGAGGUGGAGGAGGAAACUCGGAUUCAAACGACAUGGAUGAAGCAAUAGCUUGGGCUAAAGAGAGGUCUCAACGACCAGAAGCAAAGCCAACAGAACAAGACUUGAUUGAUUCAAGAAGAAGCGAAGAAGAAGAAGCCAAAUCAGAAGAAGAGAUGGAGAUGGAGAUUAAAGAUGAAGAAAUAAGAAUCUGGUUAACCGGAAAAGAGACCAACAUUAGACUACUACUCUCAACUUUACAUCACGUUCUAUGGUCAAAUAGCAAUUGGCAUGCGAUUCCUUUGGCAAAUCUUCGAGAUGGGUCACAAGUGAAGAAAGCUUACCAAAAAGCUCGGCUUUGUUUACAUCCUGAUAAACUUCAACAGAGAGGAGGAACUUCACCUCUUCAGAAGUCUGUCGCCUGCAGAGUAUUCUCCAUCCUUCAGGAAGCUUGGGCUGUGUAUGUAACAAAUGAAGGACUCUCAAGCUAAACCAAAGUCUGCAAAUCAUUUUCCGGUUAAUGAUGUAAGAAGAAUAAGAAAAGGGAAAAGCAGCAGAGUUUUUUUUUUUUUUUUUUUUUUUUUGUUUUCUUAAUGAUUGUAAAAUUCAUAUGAACAUUCCCAUGUGUUGUUGCAUUGUGAAUGUUUUUGUUCACAGAAAACAACAAAAUGUUCCAAAACUACUUUGAAAAACAAACUAAUGCGUGAAACGAGUAGAACAUGGAUAAGAAAAUAAUAGA